UUAUGAAACCUGCCUUUUUUAAGGAGGGUAAGAAAAAGAGUGGUUUUUAACACAGAAGGUGGCGGUAACGUUACAGGGAAAUGUGGAAACCAGUAAAAGCCAGAAGAAGACUGUCCCACUGUUUUCUCCGCACCACGUAGAAGCAGUGAAGAUGUCUGAGUGUUGGAUCCUACUUUUCUCCGUCUGUUUCCUGGUUUCUGCCUCUGAACAUGUGACCAACGUCACUGCAGAACCCGGACGGGUUGCGACGCUGCCGUGUACCGGUUCUGUCCACACUGACAUCCUGACUGUGGAGUGGAGACGAGCGGAGGAGAUCGUGUGCGUCAACACUCGACCCGAGAGCAGCGCCCACUGUGAAAAUGAAGCCCUGCCAUCGUCCGGUCAGAAGCGGGUCCAGCUGAGCAGCGGUUCCAAGGAGAGAGACGUGUCUUUGGUUCUGAACAACGUGACGAAUGAAGAUGACGGAACAUACGAGUGUUAUGUUCAACACAACAAUGUGGGAGGAAACCACAGGCCUGAUGAAAUGACUCUGCUCUGCACCGUCCACCUGCAGGUAGAACCAGGUGGGUCAGAACCAGGUGGGCCAGAAACAGGUGACACGGCUCAAGAAAUAGAAGGUGGAGUAAACGAGGAUGGAGGAAACAAAAGUGGAACUUCUGUGGCAUUAAUUGUUGGGGUUGUUUUUGCUGCUGCUGCUGCUGCUGCUGCUGGUGUUGCUGGUGUUUUAAUCUAUAAAAAUAGGAACAAAGGCUCAGAGCUCAGAUACAAACGAGCUGCUUCUGCUGAAGAAGAGAAGCUGCUGGGUUCCAGUAAAUGAGUCCUAACAAUAGACUGAAAUAGACUGAGCCACAGCAGAUCCACACUCUGCCCAGUUGAUUCCUAUUAAUGGACAUUAAUACGAGAGUGUGAUUAUGAGCUCUGUUACUUUAAAACCCAGUAACAAACCGGUAAAUGGGAAAACCAGAGGGAAACAAACUCUAAAUACUGGAUCUGAGGUGUUUCUUCUUUUGCAGCUUCUCUUUUUUAAAGCUCUUUGUUAACCUGCUGUUAGAGUCUUUGUUUCUCAGUAUAUGUUUAGUUCAUCUGCUAUUUACCCACAGAAUGAACUGUAAAUAGAGGCUCUCAUAUAAACGUAGAGACUGAGGAUCAUUGAAUAGAAAAGCUCAGUUAAAUGCAGCUAAACGUUGUGUUGCAUUAAUUCAAUCUCAGAUCUUUGCAGGCAUUAAUAUUAAGACCUGCUUCAUUCAGAGGCAUGUGCUCUCUGCGCUCCUUUAAUGUUCUACUAUAAGUAUCUGAGCUGUUUCACCUGCGACUGAUGGAACAUGUUCAAUAAAGUCAAUAACCGAG